CUUUUUGGAGAUGCUAAAAAUUAAAAACAUUCAAAUGGUUCAUUUGAACGAUCCGAUUCGGUUCAUUUGGAAAGAAAUGAUUCACUCAAAAAUAAGAAAUGUCUAAAAUAACCCUUAGAAACCAACAAUUUAUCAUUAAACCCUGCAUCUAAAUCAAAUGAUGAAUCGUAUACGAACUUUUCCAUCCUACAACACAGUUGGGUUUCAUGGAUAGGUGAUCCUUCCAGCAAGUUUGUCCAAAAGUCGAAACAGCCAAAAAAUGUAUUGCUGUGCUUGGAAGAGUGUGAGAGCGAUGACCUGCGUCUCACAUGUUUUCUCUUUGGGGCAAUUUAUCAAACACCUUCCAUGCGCAAAAUCGCACACAUUUCUUCGUAAGAGUUCUCAGUUCAACACCCACACCGAUGUCGCUGUUAGCACGACAACUUCAUGUUUCAAAGGCCUCAGUUCCAACCAACAAACCCAAAUCCAUCUCUACGUCAAUACCCUUCUCCAAUGGAACCAGAAAAUGAACCUUACGGCAACUAAAGAAGCUGAUGAAGUAAUGGAGAGGCAUAUCGAAGAUUCUCUUGCGAUAUUGCCUCCUAUAAAGACUUGUUACAACUUGCAUUCCAAUGAUUUGUUUGAUGAUCACAUCAAUUUAAUUGAUGUUGGAAGUGGUGCAGGCCUUCCUGGAUUGGUCCUAGCCAUUGCUUGUCCAGAUUGGAGAGUUACUCUACUGGAGUCUAUAAACAAGCGUUGUGUUUUCUUGGAGCACGUCGUGAAUGUAACCGGACUUACGAAUGUUAAAAUUGUUAGAGGCAGAGCGGAGUAUGUUCACUUGUUUAUUUGGCUUCUCUUGGUUUCUCUAGAACAGAAUUGUGGGCACGAUGUUAUGUACAGAGAGAAGUUUGAUGUGGCUAUUGCAAGAGCUGUCGCAGAGAUGAGAGUCUUAGCUGAAUAUUGUCUUCCUCUGGUUCGGGUUGGUGGAUUUUUUGUAGCUGCUAAAGGUCAUGACCCUAAGGAGGAAGUUCAAAAUGCAGAAAAUGCAGUUCGCAUAUUGGGUGGUUCCAUAUUGCAAAUUAGUCCAGUGGAUUCACAUAGCCAAUAUGGACAAAGAACAACAGUUGUUUGUCGUAAAGACCAUUCCACCCCUCAAAAAUAUCCUCGCGAAGCAGGAACUCCUUCUAAAUUACCCUUGUAAUUUCAUGCCUAAUCACUUUCCUUUAAUUUUGAUUUUGUAAAAUAUUUGAAAACAACAUUUGUAAUAUCACUUCCCAUUGUGUAGUUCACUGUUAAUCGUCAGUUUUGUGUCUUCAAUAUUCCUAUUUUUAUUUUUCUUACAUCUUUCCAUGUAAGAUGAUAUGAGCCUUUUCUCCAAUAUCUUUCAGUUCUGCAUU